UGCUGUUGUCUCGCUCGCUAUUCUCAUCAAGAUGGCUGCUGUUGUCGGGGAUGGAGAAUAACGACAGGCUGUCAUCCGCAAACAGGCCGAGGAAACAGAUCUAAAAACCCGAAGCGGAAAACUUCUAGUGAAACUAGUUCUUUUUCUGAAGGAAGAAGGUCAGGGACAGACGAGCCGCAGACAUGGACACCACCACGUCCAUCAAGAUGACCACUCUGGCCAUCCAGAACCUGUUCAGCUACGUAGAGGAGGAGAACCUGGGCGCCCUCAAAGCUCACCUGGACCGCUUCAAGGAGGUGGACGGCCGCAGCGACAACGGACAGACGCCGCUGAUGCUGGCGGCGGAGCAGGGCAGCCUGGAGAUCGUCCAGGAGCUCAUCAGGAGGGGAGCCAACGUCAACCUGGACGACGUGGACUGCUGGUCGGCUCUGAUCUCUGCAGCCAAAGAGGGUCACCUGGAGGUGGUGAGGGAGCUGCUGGAGAACAGCGCCUACAUCGAGCACAGAGACAUGGGCGGCUGGACGGCGCUGAUGUGGGCGGCUUAUAAAGGGCGAGUGGAGGUGACCCAGCUGCUGCUGGAGCACGGAGCCAACCCCAACACCACGGGACAGUACAGCGUGUAUCCCAUCAUCUGGGCCGCAGGACGGGGACACGGCGAGAUCGUCAGGCUGCUGCUGCAGCACGGAGCCAAAGUCAACUGUUCAGAUAAGUAUGGAACCACCUCCCUGAUCUGGGCCUCCAGGAAGGGGCACUACGACUGCGUGAUGCAUCUGCUGGAGAAAGGAGCCGACGUCGACCAGGAGGGCGCGAACUCCAUGACGGCCCUGAUCGUGGCCGUGAAGGGCGGCUACACGGAGGUGGUGAAGGAGCUCCUGAAGAGGAACCCCAACGUCAACAUGACGGACAAGGACGGGAACACGGCGCUGAUGAUCGCCGCCAAAGAAGGCUACACCGAGAUCGUCCAGGACCUGCUGGACGCCGGGACGUACGUCAACAUCCCCGACCGGAGCGGGGACACGGUUCUGAUCGGAGCGGUGAGGGGCGGCCACGUGGAGAUCGUCAGAGCGCUGCUGCAUAAAUACGCCGACAUCGACAUCAGAGGACAGGUGAGAUCAGCAGCCGUCAUCAUCAAUGGCAAACCCCACGGUUUGUUGCUUAGCAACCGAAGUAACAGACAGAUGAAAGGCUUUUAUCGCCUCAGAUUCCUCCUAAUCAGAGAUGGAGACACACCGCUGAUCAAAGCCACUAAGAUGAGAAACAUCGAUAUCGUGGAGCUGCUGCUGGAUAAAGGAGCCAAAGUGUCGGCUGUGGACAAGAAAGGAGACACCCCGCUCCACAUCGCCAUCCGCGGCCGCAGCCGCCGCCUGGCCGAGCUGCUGCUCCGCAACCCCAAAGAUGGCCGCCUGCUGUACCGACCCAACAAGGCCGGAGAGACGCCGUACAACAUUGACUGCAGCCACCAGAAGAGCAUCCUCACCCAGAUCUUCGGGGCUCGUCACCUCUCCCCCACAGAGACCGACGGCGACAUGCUGGGUUACGACCUGUACAGCUCGGCUCUGGCCGACAUCCUGAGUGAACCCACCAUGCAGCCGCCCAUCUGCGUGGGUCUGUACGCCCAGUGGGGCAGCGGGAAAUCCUUCCUGCUCAAGAAGCUGGAGGAUGAGAUGAAGACGUUCGCCGGGCAGCAGAUCGAGCCGCUGUUCCAGUUCUCCUGGCUGGUCGUCUUCCUUUCUCUGCUCUUUUGCGGCUCCGUCGCCGUCGUCCUCGGCUUCACAGUGGACGCCAAGCUGGCCAUGGCGGUCUCCCUCAGCCUGCUGGCUCUGCUCUACCUGUUCUUUGUGGUCGUGUACUUUGGCGGCCGUAGGGAGGGUGAAAACUGGACAUGGGCGUGGCUGAUCAGCACCCGUCUGGCCCGUCACAUCGGGUACCUGGAGCUGUUGCUAAGGCUGAUGUUCGUGAAUCCGCCGGAGCUGCCGGAGCAGAGCACCAGAGCUCUACCUGUCAGGUUCCUAUUCACAGACUACAACCGUCUGUCCAGCGUCGGCGGAGAGACGUCGAUGGCCGAGAUGAUCGCUACGCUGUCAGACGCCUGCGAGAGAGAGUUUGGUUUCCUCGCAGCGCGUCUGUUCCGAGUGUUUAGGACCGAGGAGACGCAAGGUAAAAGGAAGUGGAAGAAGACGUGCUGCGUGCCGUCCUUCGUCCUCUUCGUCCUCAUCCUGGCCUGCCUGAUCGCCGGCAUGGCGCUGCUGGCCGUCUUCAAGGUGGACGGCGAGAACCAGACGGUGAACGCCGUGCUGAUCGCCAUCGGCAGCGUGGUGGGCCUGGCCGUGCUGCUCAACUGCAAGACGUGGUGGCAGGUCACCGACUCGGUGCUGAACUCGCAGAGGAAGAGGCUCCAUAGCGCCGCCAACAGGAUGCACAAGCUGAAGAGCGAGGGCUUCAUGAAGGUGUUGAAGCAGGAGGUGGAGCUGAUGGCGAGGAUGGCGAAGACCAUUGACAGCUUCACCCAGCAUCAGACCAGGCUGGUGGUCGUCAUCGAUGGUCUGGACUCCUGUGAACAAGAUAAAGUUCUACAGAUGCUCGACACGGUCCGCGUUUUGUUCUCCAAAGGCCCGUUCAUCUCCAUCUUCGCCAGUGACCCGCACAUCAUCAUCAAAGCCAUCAACCAGAACCUGAACAGCGUCCUCAGAGACUCCAACAUCAACGGACACGACUACAUGCGCAACAUCGUCCACCUGCCCGUCUUCCUCAACAGCCGAGGACUCUCCAGCGCCAGGAAGAUGUGCGCCGCCGCGCCCGCCAACGGGGACGCCGCCAACUCUGAAGUGGGUUGGCACGAGGAGCUGGACAGGAAGUUGUCUCAGCACAGCCUGGGAGAAUUAACCAAGUUCGGCAGCAAGACGGCGCUGAACCGCCGGGAUACGUACCGGCGGCGGCAGGUGCAGCGCUCGGUGACCCGUCAGAUGUCCUUCGACCUGACGAAGCUGAUGGUGACGGAGGACUGGUUCAACGACAUCAGCCCGCAGACCAUGAGGCGGCUGCUGAACAUCGUCUCUGUCACAGGCCGCCUCCUGAGAGCCAAUCAGAUCAGCUUCAACUGGGACCGGCUGGCGUCCUGGAUCAACCUGACGGAGCAGUGGCCCUACAGGACGUCCUGGCUCAUCCUGUACCUGGAGGAGACAGAUGGAGUCCCCGACCAGGCCACGCUCAAGAGCAUCUACGAGAGAGUGUCCAAGAACAUCCCAACCACGAAGGACGUGGAGCCGCUGCUGGAGAUCGACGGAGACAUCCGGAGCUUCGAGGUCUUCCUGUCGUCACGGACGCCGGUCCUGACCGCCAGAGACAUCCGGACCUUCCUGCCCUGCACCGUCAACCUGGACCCGAAGCUCCGAGAGAUCAUCGCAGAUGUCCGCGCAGCCCGGGAGCAGAUGAACAUGGGCGGGGUCACCUACCCGGCCCUCCCCCUGCAGGAGGCCCAGCCCCGCCCCACCUCGGUCUACAGCCAGGUGUCGUCCACCUGCUCGCCCUCCGCCUCCUUCAGCGGGCCCUUCAACCCGCCAGCAGGGGGCAUCAUCUCCCCGCAGCCUCACAGCAGCUACUACAGCGGCAUGGCUGGCCCGCAGCAUCCCUUCUACAACCGGCCAUAUUUCUCCCACCAUCUUUACCAUCUGCCACGCCCGUUCGUGGCCUCCUUCCCUCCACAUCUUCAUCUACGGCCGCCUCCUAAAACCUCCUUCAGCAGAGACGCCGGCGCCGCUGGACCCUCUAAGAGUUCAUCUUUUAAAAGGAAGCAGGGAUCGGCGUCGGUCGUGUCGGGUUCUCCCGCCAUCCUCCUCAGCUCCAUGACGACGGACGGCGUCUGUGAGCGUGUGCGGCAGACCGAAGGCAUCGACCAGAGCAUGAUCGCGCAGUACACCGCCACCAUCAAGAAGGCCAACAUCAACGGCAGAGUUCUGUCUCAGUGCAACAUCGAUGAGCUGAAGAAGGAGAUGAAUAUGAACUUUGGCGACUGGCAGCUGUUCCGAGCCACGAUUCUGGAAAUGCGUCACAUUGAGAGUCAGGUGCUGCACGAGGAAACCGCCAGUGAGCAAGGCAGCAUGGUGGGGGGUCCCACUGAGGUGGGGAGGCGGGCCAUGGCGCCGCCGCACGCCGGAGCCAGCAAUGCGGACGGGUCUCCGAUGUACAGCUUCAACCUGAGCUUUGAGGAGCUGAGCGGCGUGGGGCUGGAUGAGGCGCCGCGGCACGGAAACGUCCAGUGGACGGGGGGCGCUCACCGGACCGCCAGCAUGACCAGCCUGAACUCGCAGGAGUCGUCGAACGACAUCGGCAAGCUGACCGACAAGCAGCAGGCCGAGUACCGCAACGCCUACCAGGAGUACAUCGCCCAGAUGGCCCAGCUGGAGAUGAGCGGCAUCGGCGAGAAGCCCGUCCAGCCUCAGCCUGGGCAGUUCAUGACAUCAUCAACGGGGGACAAGAACAAGGACGGCGCAGAGCAAGACGCACGCAAGUCCUUCAACAAGAGAGGCGGGGCCAAGCUGGCGGCCGACGCCACUGACUUCAACUCCGGCGGAGAUUCGCUCGAUCCGAUCACCGAGGAGGACGAGAAGACCGGCUCGUCCAAGUCCCUGCUGACCCGUAAGCUGUCCGCCGAGCGCGGCGGAUUGUUCCAAGGCGCUAGCGACCUGAAGCUGAAAGCCAGCGGCGGCCUGCGUUACCAGAAGCUGACCAGCGACGACGAGGAGUCCGAGGAGUCCGACAACCCUCUGCUUUCCAAAGACGGAAAGAAGCCACUCGACCCCAAGCUACCCGGCGGCUCGCUGGCGCUGAAGGGGAAGGACUACCUGUCGGACGCCAUGUUGGACAAGAAGGACUCGUCCGACUCCGGCGUGCGCUCCAACGAAAGCUCUCCCAACCACUCGCUGCAGGACGAGGAGGCCGACCUGUCUCAGCUGGAGAGGGCUAACCUGAUCGAGCUGGACGAGGAGAGCGCCGGCAGGAAGCGCGGCCUCCCCAGCAGCCUGAGCGGCCUUCAGGACCCGGCCGUGGCGCGCAUGUCCAUCUGCUCCGAGGACCAGUGCAGCCUGCUGGCCAGCAGCCCCGAGGAGAGCUGGACCUCCUCCAGGAGCUACAACCUCAACCGCACGCCCAGCAACGUCACCCUGAACAACAACACCAACGCCCAGCAGGGUGGCCGGCCCCGCCCACCCGCCGAGGGCUCCACCUCCUCCAACCUGACCUCCACCGGCGACGUCAUCAUCCCGCCGACGACCACCGCCACCAGGCCAGGCCCCAACAACGAGAACGUCCGCGUGGUCCACCUGAAGAGAGGCCUGAAACCCGGAGACCCGCCGGAGAUCUGCGCCGUUACCUCCGACACCGUCACCUUCGGCGAGGAGCGCGAGAGCAUCCUGUGAGCUCACGGCGAGAACAAAGGAGAGUCGCUGAAGCUCCGCCUCCAGAAAGAAGCUGGAGUCGAUCAGUUAGCUGUUGUGGUCGUAGUUGUAGUUGCACGUGUGGAACAGCUGAGGCUUCGUGUUGACGUAAAAAACUCCACUGCAUGUUGUCGUGACGUUCGCCUCAUCGUAGCGAUCCCGUUAGCUUAGCAUGUUUAUCUCGUCAUCAGAGUUUUACCUAAAUUUGCUGCUAGUUUAGAUUUUAUGCGUCUUUGAUGUCAGUAUUUUAGGCUCUUAUCUGGACCAGGUGUCGCCUCCUGGACUUCCUGCUUAAAUAAAAAUGAAAUAAAAAACUAAAGUCGGUGUUAAACAUGUGGAUGAUGGUGCUUCAUUCUCAGCUGGUUUUUAUUCUGAGGCUCAACAGGAUCUUUAUGCCCCAUUUCCACGAAUUCCCUGAAACCGAUCCGAGCUCCUUUUACGCAUUAGGCUAGCACGGUUCCUCGCCAACGAUAAUACAACUCUCAAGGAAUCACGCAAACUCACACGGUCUAGUUCACAGCGUUCCAUUAAUACUCAACAGUUACCAUGGUGACCGUGCUCAGACCGUUCUCUGGAAUAAUCAAUAGAUCAUUAUUUAUACCUAAAACUAAUAUGUUUGUGGUUAUUUAACUUUCUCUUUAAUUUUCGUCGCGAUCACUGAGUCUGGGAGCGGCCAUUUUGGCCCAAAUAUAGUAGGGGUGUCAACAAUAAUCGAUUCAGCGAUGCCUUGCAAUGUGGGGCAUGCACGAUUGAGCAUUGAUGCGGCAACGUGCCAUAAUCGAUUAUGUCACUGUUUAUUUUCUGGCCUCAAAUGAAAAAGUUGAGAAGUUUCAAUUACUUCCGGGGGCAUACCAACAACAAUCAAGAUGGCUGAGGCGGAGGAAGAUGACCGCGAUAGACGGGUAGGCCUAAUUAAAAACGCACCAAAAGCUUGAAAAGCGGAUAUCUGGGCACAUUUCGGAUUUUACGAAGUCAAUGGGAUUUUGAUGCAUCGCAAUGCAUCGUAGAAUCGAAUUGAAGCUAAUCGUGAGGGCAGUACCAAUGCACACCCCUAAAAUAUAGUAGCCCCUCCCUCCUGCCAUCUU